ACUUUUAAAAAUGUGAAUACGCAGAACAACAACAAAAGAAACCACCCCAACCUCCCUCCCUCUCUCUCUCUCUCUCUUUCUCUCUCUCUUCAAUCUCUUACUCUUAACUCUGUACACCUUGAAACCCUAGCCAUGGCGUCUUCGUCGAUGUGUAAGAAAUAGUUGGGCCAGAACCGCCGUGAAACGCCGGAACAUGGCCGAUACGCCGCCGUAUCUCGCGGCAUCGGCUAGGGUUUGGUUCCGCAUUCGAUCUCAGAUCUCCGGAACCUGAAAAACUUUCAAUUGAAUUGCUGCGGAGAGAGAAAUUGAAGGGUUUGAAUCAUGGCGGCAGGGAAGGGAGGGUUGGAGAAGCUUCGGAGAUGUGUGCGGACGAUAUAUUUCAUGGUGGCAAUGGUGGCUUCGCUUUUGGUUCUCUCGGCUCCUUUAUUGGUUUCUAUAGUGGACAUAUUGGUGCCUUGUUUUUUGAUUUCGAGCUUCACUUGUGUUAGAUGUUAUAGCUUCAAAGACCAUUUGCAUAGAUACUCAUUCAAGAGCUCUUUGACGGAUAUUCCUCUUGUUUCGGUCAUCAGAUCUCUCAUCAUCACCUGUGUUUAUUCAAUGUGUGAUGGGCCUGCCCUCUCGCAUGGCCCGUAUCUUGGAACAGUGAUGCUGUGUUCUUUCAGUUCAAUUCUACUUCUUUCAGUUAAGGCAUGUGUUUUCACUGUCAACUCUCAAAUUGAGGCUGAAGCUUCAUCUUCGCUUUCGAGGCAGAAGCUACAUUUGAAGAAGUCAUGGGGAAUGCCUGUCUUGUUCCUCUCGUCUGUUGUCUUUGCCCUCGGCCAUACUGUGGCUGCUUAUAGAACAAGCUGCAGAGCACGGAGGAAACUCCUAUUUCACCGAGUUGAUCCAGAAGCCGCACUUUCCUGCAAAACUAUUUUCUCUGGCUUCCAGAAGGUUCCUCGAUCUCCCACUCCUGGUACAGGUAAAACACCAAAAAGUGACAGUGAAAUGAGGCGAAAACCUGGAGGGAUAACUCGUGAUGAAGGGGAGAUCCCGGUUAGAUUCCUGGCUGAUGUUGACAGCUUAUUCAUUACUUGCCAAGGGCUUACCCUCCACUACAAGCUUAGCAUGUCCGGUUCACCUCGUCAUUCCUUAUCCUCUACAACCUUUUUUGAUAGGCCAUCGUUGAAUGUUCUAUCAAAAACCCAGUAUCAUCUUCGCAGGAGCUUUAGCAAUCAAUUCCACACCUCUUCUCUUUAUGCUCCACUAUUAGAUGGUUCUGCUACUUCUCCUGUACUCUCUGAAGAUAUUCCUGUUUUGAGUCUAAAUGAUCCGUGUGACAUGAAUGAAGUGCUGACAUUGAGUUCUCCAACGGCGAAGCAAGAUUUGGAAGGAAAUGGCCAGAUUGGCAUUGUUUUAGUGCAUGGGUUUGGAGGCGGGGUCUUCUCAUGGAGGCAUGUGAUGGGUGCUUUGGCUCGGCAGGUUGGUUGUACAGUUGCUGCUUUUGACCGGCCUGGUUGGGGAUUGACAUUGAGACCACGCCAAAAAGAUUGGGAGGAAAAUCAAUUGCCUAAUCCAUACAAGCUUGAAAGUCAGGUGGACCUGCUUCUUUCUUUCUGUGUGGUGAUGGGCUUUUCUUCAGUUAUACUUGUUGGUCACGAUGAUGGUGGCUUGCUUGCCUUAAAAGCUGCACAAAGAGCCCAUGCUUCACCAAAUUCUGUCAAUGUUGAUAUCAAGGGGGUGGUAUUACUUAGCGUAAGCUUGUCAAGGGAAGUGGUUCCUGGCUUUGCUAGAAUACUCUUGCAUACAUCACUUGGGAAGAAACACUUAGUUCGUCCUUUACUGCGGACAGAAAUUACUCAAGUGGUUAAUCGGCGUGCAUGGUAUGAUGCUACCAAGCUAACAACUGAAGUUUUAAGCCUCUACAAGGCCCCAUUGUGUGUAGAAGGUUGGGAUGAAGCUCUCCAUGAGAUAGGAAAACUGUCAUUUGAGUCCGUCCUCUCACGACAAAAUGCAACAUCAUUGCUGCAAGCAAUCAAGGACUUGCCAGUUUUGGUUAUUGCCGGUGCUGAAGAUGUUCUUGUACCUCUAAAAUCUGCUCAAGUUAUGGCUUCAAAGCUUGUAAAUUCUAAACUGGUUGCAAUAUCUGGGUGUGGCCAUCUUCCACAAGAGGAGUGCCCCAAGGCAUUGCUGGCAGCUAUAUCACCUUUCAUCAGCAGACUGUUAACAGAAUCAGAUGUGCAAAACCAAUGAAACUCUUGUUUAACUUACAAAUAGAGUUGUUCUUUUCUUUUUUUUUCCUCUUUUUUUUUUUCCUCCUUUGCUUUUAUCUUUUAUUCACCUCAAAAGAAAGAGGCCAAUCUCCAUUCUCUUCUUUUGGGUAUUUUUGAUGUGAUAGUUUGCUGGCUUACCUAACCCUAGAUAAUUCUCUGGGGUUUCUCACAUGUAGUUCUUUUUCUUUUUUUUUUUAAAUCGAACAGUCUAAUCAUUUUGUUUAAGCUUGUUUGAACAGUUGGUGUUAUUUACCACCCAAGAGAGAGUGGAAAUAACACACAUUUGUGUAUAUUUGUCAUAUUUGAAAUGCAUGCAUUUAGCGGGGUUAGUUCAUUUUAAUGUUGCUUUUA